GUGAUAUCUUCUUACAGCUUCUUGUUCCAGGCUGAAGUUACGGUCAGACAGAUGGGGCUGUGGCUGUAUAUUCUCAUGGUAGCUUUGGGGGGCUUACAGUUUCAGGCCACUGCAGCAGUUAGUUCUUUCAGCAUUGAUUAUGAAAAUAACUGCUUCCUGAAGGAUGGAGUUCAGUUUCGUUAUAUCUCAGGCAGUAUCCAUUACUUCCGUAUCCCACCAGCUUAUUGGAAGGACCGGCUCCUCAAGAUGUACAUGAGCGGCCUCAACGCUGUACAAAUUUAUGUCCCAUGGAACUACCAUGAACCGCUGCCUGGGAUUUACAACUUUUCCGAGGACAGAGACUUGGAAGGAUUCUUGGACUUAGUGGCCCAAUUAGGGCUAUUGGUGAUAUUGCGCCCUGGACCCUACAUCUGUGCUGAAUGGGAUAUGGGUGGCCUUCCAUCUUGGCUGUUGGCAGAACCAGAUAUUAUUCUGCGUACAUCUGAUCCAGGUUUUCUGCAAGCUGUCAACAAAUGGCUGAAUGUCCUGCUACCCAAGAUAAAACCCCGUCUUUACCAUAAUGGAGGCAACAUCAUCAGUAUCCAGGUGGAGAAUGAAUAUGGGAGCUAUUAUGCAUGUGACUAUGACUAUAUGCGUCACCUCCUGGCUGUCUUCCGUUUGUAUUUGGGCAAAGAAGUUGUGCUCUUCACAACUGAUGGCCUCAAAGAAUCUGAGCUGCGAUGUGGGACCCUGCAGGAUUUAUAUGCCACUGUGGACUUUGGACCAGAAAUAAAUGAGACACGGGCAUUUGAACAACAGCGUCUGGUUGAGCCAAGAGGGCCACUGGUGAAUUCUGAAUAUUACACAGGUUGGCUGGAUUAUUGGGGCGAGCCACACUCCACAAAAAGUACUGCAGUUGUGACUCAGGGCCUACAGAAGAUGCUAGAAUUGGGAGCCAACGUCAACAUGUAUAUGUUCCAGGGUGGCACCAACUUUGGUUACUGGAGUGGUGCUGAUUACAAGGACAACUACUUCCCUAUUGUUACUAGCUAUGACUAUGAUGCACCUCUCUCAGAAGCUGGAGACCCUACAGAAAAGCUCUAUGCCAUCCGAACCAUCAUUGGCAAGUUUCAGGUAGUGCCUGCAGGACCAAUACCACCCCCCACUCCCAAAUUUUCAUAUGGCUAUGUAUCUUUGCCACAGCGUGUGGCCUUUUUGGAUAUUCUAAGUCUUCUUUCGCCUUCCCUGCCAUUCCAUUCUUCCUUCCCCCUUACUUUUGAGGCACUGAAGCAGACCCAUGGCUUUAUGCUGUACCGGACUGUUCUUCCAGAUGACAUCCUGCAGCCUGUUUCGCUCUCUGUCCUUGAAAAUGGGGUCCAUGACCUUGCCUAUGUUUUGCUCAAUGGAGAAUAUAAAGGUACACUAGAACGAGACAGAGUGAAUGGUGUCAAUAUAACUGGCCAGCUAGGAGACUCAUUGGACUUGCUGGUGGAGAACAUGGGUCAUAUCAAUUUUGGAGCAAAUAACAGUGACUUUAAGGGUCUGAUCUACAAUGUUACUUUGGGUUCUACCAUUCUCAGCGACUGGCUUAUCUAUCCUCUUGAUAUUGAUUCAGCUGUGGCCCAUGAAUGGCCUCCAUAUGUCCCACCAAGCAAUAAGACUACAGGACCUACUUUUUAUACUGGAGUCUUCAAAACACCUGGUAUCAACCAGGACACCUAUGUGAAGUUUCCAGGGUGGAGCAAGGGCCAGAUCUGGAUCAAUGGUUUUAACCUGGGCCGUUUCUGGCCAGUUCGUGGACCCCAGAAAACCCUCUUUGUGCCUGGCGUGCUCCUCAGUACCUCAGUCCUCAAUACUGUUGUAGUGCUGGAACUACAGAAUGCACCAUCAAAUCCAAAGGUACUUUUUCUUGACCGGCCCCUUCUCAAUGGUACUUCUACCUUCACUCACAAAGACAUGAAAUAACCAGAAGUACUAUCCAACUGUGAGACCCAUGGUGUAAGAAGAAAUGUAUUUGAAAUCACUGCCUUGUAAGAAUCAAAUGAAUAAAGUAUCAGACGACAACUUAAGCUCUAAUGAACAGCCCAAGUAAACUGCAGUUAUUUGGUGUUCAUGUCUUUCACUGGAGUAUUAGUUGUAGCUGAUGCUGUAUAGGUGCUCAGGCUGGAUAAUACUAGUCACCAAAUUAAAUAUACAUGUACCUGGCAUGGCAUUGUAAUGCUGCUUAUUUCUUGACAAUGCACUAAUAUCAGAAAACAGAUAUGCAGUUGGAAACUGGCAAAAGAUUCAGUGAAAAUAGGAUGAACCUGGUAAGUGCUGGACGUACACAAGACAUACUUGGUGAUAAGGCACGUAAAAACAUCAAUAACAGAUGUAAAGUUCUCUGUGCUGUAUAUUAAAUACGACCAUGGGUUUAUCUUGAUUCUUAAGACAUCCAUUGCUAUUUGUGAAACAGUACUAGCUAAGAGAUCAUCAAAUAGCAUUAGCUCAAAAAAAACAACAUAAUCUCAAGAUUCUUCCAUUUUUGUUUAUCUAUGUUCUUUGUUCAGUUACUGCCUAAUACAGCCUUCUCUAACCAGCACAGUUCAGAUGUAUUAGAAUUCUUAACCUGCAGAACUCCCAGUCAGCAGUGAAUUCUGGUGGGGCAGGCCCAACAUAUCUGGGGGAGAGGUUGCCCUAAUAACCUUUUUACCCAGUUCCUAAACUUUCUAGUUUA